AUGUUCACCAAAACCUUUGCGGUGGCCCAGCAAUGUAAAGUUCACCAAAACCUUUCCAAUGGUGGGGUGCCAUUUGCAGAUGUUCACCAAAAUCUUUCCGAUGGUGGGGUGCCAUUUGCAGAUGUUCACCAAAACCUUUCCGGUGGCCUGGCAACACCUCCUCCUGAUUUUCUACCAACUCCACCUCAGUUGCCACCUCCUCCUGAUUUCUCGCCACCUCCUCCUGAUUUCUCGCCACCUCCUCCUGAUUUCUCACCACCCCCACCUGAUGUUGUACCAUUGGAUGAUGAUGAGGAUCCAGAGUCAGAAUUCAUGGAAGACCACAAGGAUUUGCACAAGGUCAUUGACACUACACAGCUUGGCAAUGUCCCUUGGCAAUGUCUCUUGGUUCAAUACAUGGGGGAACACCCUGAGCACGAUACUCCUCUGUGGAUGGGCAAAGACUAUGAAGUUUGGUACAGAGACCCCCGUGUGAUGGCACACAACAUGUUGGCCAAUACCACCUACAAGGACUUUAUGUCUGGAGACUGGGCAUGGCAACAAGCCAUACAUAUUCGAUGCAUUUCUUAUAACUCGGGGCAUACUAACAUUUAUCAGGACGAGUUAUCGAAGGAUCUGAACACACAUGGAUCAAUGUUCAUCCCAAUAAUCCUUGGGAGUGACAAGACCACUGUAUCUGUGGGCACAGGUAAUAACAAAUAUUACCCCUUGUAUGCCUCAAUCGGCAAUGUGCACAACAAUGUGCAACACGCUCAUCGUGAUGCUCUCGUUAUCAUUGGUUUCCUCUCUAUACCGAAAAGUACGUGUAUUAAUCUUUUUCACUGCUCGCUAUCUGCAAUUCUUUCCACCCUGAAGCCUGCGAUGACCAAGUACAAGGUCCUGCGUUGUGCAGACGGUCAUUUUCGACACAUUAUAUUUGGCCUAGGACCUUAUAUAGCUGACUAUGAGGAGCAACUGCAUACAGAUCUCCUCGUACUCGAAAACAUAGACUCAGAUACAUUGUGGCAUGAAUUUGGUAUCAUUAGCAUUCUCGUCCCAUUCACAAAUGAUUUCCCCCAAGCCGACAUUCAUCAGUUGAUAUCCUUUGAUCUCCUCCACCAGCUAGUCAAAGGCGCUUUCAAGGAUCAUCUUGUGGAUUGGGUACUAAAGUAUCUCAAACUUACGCAUGGGACCAAACAAGGAGAAGAGAUCAUGAGUGACAUAGAUCGCAGAAUUGCUGCUGUGGCGUCAUUCACUGGUCUAUGGCGAUUUCCUGACGGCUGUGGCUUCAAACAGUGGAUGGCAUUUCACGUGCUUUUAGAAUUUUGUUAUAUUGCACGAUGCGAUGUAAUUACCAAAGCCUCUCUGGUUCAACUCAGUGAUGUGCUCACUAUGGUCCACCACUACUGCCAGAUUUUCGAAACCACAGGCACAGUCCCUCACUUCUCAUUACCUCAUCAACACUCAAUGACCCACUAUGUGGACAUGAUCCGGUUGUUUGGUGCGCCAAAUGGAUUAUGUUUGUCGAUCACAGAAUCCAAACACAUCAAGGUGGUGAAGGAACCUUGGCGGUGGUCUAACAAGCACAAUGCCCUUGGUCAAAUGCUAUUGACUAACCAAUGGCUUGAUAAACUCGCAGCAAGUCGCCGGGACUUUGCUGCUCGCAGGAUGCUCAUCAGCUCUGUUUUAAUAGAACAAAAAUGCAUGCGGACUGUAGCAGAACUAGCAGAUGAGGUCAAUGUACCUCACCUGCGACGCCUUAUCCAGUACUUUCUGUUCUCUCAACUCUUCCCGAAUGAUCCCCACAACCCAGAGGAUGUCCCUGCUGCUAGCUGUCCUUGGCACGAAGGUGGACUUUAUGUCUUCAAUUCUGCAGCCGCGACAUUCUAUGCCCCAAGUGAUCCCAGUGCUUGUCCACUCUGGCGGAAUGUCUCUCCCUGUAAUGAUUGUGUGUUUGUCAACAUCAAUUCAGACCUUGAAGGGAUGAAAGGGCUCGAAGUCGCAAGAGUCAAAUGUUUUUUUUCUUUCAAGUUUGAUUGGGUCACAUAUCCAUGUGCCCUUGUUCAGUGGUUCGACAAGGUCAGUGACUGUGCGGAUGAGGAUACUGGCAUGUGGAUAGUCCAUCCAAGUGUUCAUGAUGACAGCACCCCAAACUUUGCCAUCAUCCAUAUCGACACAGUUUACCGUGCAGCACACUUAAUCCCUGUCUAUGGUCCCAACUUCAUUGCUGACGACAUCAAGUACUUUCAUUCUUAUGAUGCAUUUCGCUCAUUCUAUGUUAAUAAAUUUGCUGAUCACCAUGCCUUCAAGAUCGCAUUGUGA